GACAACGUUUAAAUGUCGAGGUUUGGGAAAUGAAGGUGGAAAGAAAUAUUACAUAUAUGUAUACUAUUAUAUUCCAUACAUAUUAUAGACACGUUCGUCAUGCUGGCACCAAACGUGAUAUCAAAUUGCAGGGUAAUGAAAUGGUUCGAGACAUUAAAUUCGUACCUGCCAUAGAAAGAAGGAAACGAAAAUUGUCCGUUCUCCCUCUGAUACGAUUUUAAAGGACGUUAUAAAAGAAGCUCCGAACGUUUCCAAAGACAAGUCGUUGUUGAAAAAUUCAUCGUGAAAAGCACAAUCAAUUUUUUUCUUAUUUUAUUCCAAUCAACGAUUUAUACGAAAACGCGAAUAAACAACAAUAUCCAGAAGGAUCUACUUUAAUCGACAAAAUGAAGGCUGCGAUUAUUUUCGUCAUCCUAAUCGUCGUUCUGGCGAAUUUUCACGACGCGGAAAGUAAAAAAAUGUCUAUGGAGCAAAUAAGAACCGCAAUUAAAUCGGCGAGAAAAACUUGCGCGAAUCAAGUAGGUGCUUCGAAAGAAUUACUGGAUAAUGCAUCGCAAAAAGGCGAAUUUCCACCUGAUCCAAAACUCCAAUGUUACUUUAGAUGCAUUAUGACUUUAUCCAAAGCCAUGAGAAACGACGAAUUUCGACCUGACGUAAUGAAGACUCAAGCCGAGUUGAUGCUCACCGAAGAUUUAAGCGAACGUAUCAAAGAAACUAUCGAUAAAUGUUAUCCCUCCAUAACCAGCAGCGAACCGUGCGAAGCCGCAUGGCAAUUUGCCAAAUGUUAUUACGAGACAGACAGUUCGAUUUACUUUAUUCCAUGAAGAAAACAUCGUCGAUUUACUUACGUAUGAGGACAAGACGAAGCUCGAGGGCAUGGCAAGGAACAGGAUUUAAAAAAACUUCUAAUGCGAUUUGUACUAAUUCUAGAACCAAACGACACUGUAGAAGAGUUUAAAAUUUCAAUUUUUAUUAUUAUCAUUAUUAUUAUUAUUAUUAUUAUUAUUAUUAUUAUUAUUAUUUAAUAUUAAAGUGAACAAAAAAAAGAAAU